AUGCCGAGGCCACUUGAGCGCAAUCGCGACGGGAAACGACCCAAGUGUUCACCAUGUCAACGCAUUGCCCCUGACUGUCAUUGGAUUCAAGAAGGCGGCACAAUAGCAGCUGUGGGAGUUCGAGUCUACCAAUCGAGCCCUUUGAGCUCAGCUACUCACCAUGGAACCGAACAUACUUCCACGGAGCAUCCUGAAUAUGCUUUACAGGACCAACAAGUCGCCAAGUUAUUCCGCCAUUAUAUAGGAACCUUGGCAGCAUGGUACGAUCACAAUGACAACAAGCGCCAUUUCAAAGAUAUCGUCCCCAUAAGGGCUCGAUAUAAUCCGUUAUUACUUAGCGCUAUUCUCGCCUUUGCUGCUGCCAACCAACAUCGCACGCUUGGGGAAGACGGAUAUCUGGAGAUUGCUGAAUCCUACCACUACGAUAGUGUGCGCAGAUUGAUCUCCAUCACUAAAAAUAUUGAUGGCAUCCCUCUUGGUGGGACACUUGCCGCCAUUUGCCUUUUGCGAUCUUAUGAAAUCAUCGCACAGAACGUUAGCUCUCAGAGUCAUUUGCAAGGAUGCUAUUCUCUGCUGGCGAGUCGGCAGAUUCAUCUCACAGCAGACCUACUCAGCGCAGGCUAUUGGAACUAUCUACGAGAAGACAUCACGGUGGCUCUCAUAGAGCAACGUGGUCUAAUGAUCACUCUUUCCAAUCAAAAUGCCCCGCCAGAACCAAUAGAGGAUGCGGACUUUGCUAACUACGUCACAUUCUUGCUCGGCAAGAUUAUCAACCGAUGUCUGUCUGUCGAUUCAAAUGCAUUGGGUCCCCUCGAAUGGGAAGCUAUGAAGACCGAUCUAGAGAAAUGGAAAUCAUCACUCCCGUCAUCGUUCGAUACGAUACAAACUCCCGGACUCGGAAAACAGAGUGCUUUCCCAUCUAUUUGGACACUACGAAGCUGGCAUGGUUGCCCUUGGAUUCGUGAUACCCAGAAGCGUGUGGAAAUGGCAGAAGAGUUGGGAAAGUGGGGGAAGCUGGCUGGAUGGCCGGUUUCCAUUAUAGCUGAUGCUCUUUCUCCGCCGAAUACGAUUCAUUGA